AUGAGUCGCGCACCCAACGGCAGCUCUGGGCCCUCUGGCCUUGAGCACCCGGCCUUUUCGUCCUCGUUCCGCUCGGGCUCGCCUCUUGCCGAGCAGGUCCUGGCGCAAGACAUCGCAGCCUGCUCCGACGACGACUUUGACCCCGCCGAUGAUCUGCUCGAUCCCGACCAGCCUCACCACUUCAUGUACCGCCGGCCCAGCGGCGUGGCCUACGGAGCAGCGCGGCCUGCCUUCAAUCCCAGCGGACUGGAGGAGCCCAUCUUGACGCCGCUGGAGCGAAAGCAAUCUCGCGACGCCGAGCGCAGCCUCCUGCGAGACAACCACGUCCUCCCGCCGAAACACGCCAACAAGAGCCAGUCGCUGCCCGCUCGAAUGUACCGAAAGAUGUUCAGCACAAAAGUUCCCGUCGAGGAAUCUGGCGACGAGACCGACGAGGACGAGCCGCUACUUUCCCGUGAUCCAGACCGUGAUUACGGCACACAAGCCCGGCGACAGCGAUCCGCUGUAGAGGGAGAGGAAGACGUGGAUGAGCAGUGGGAAGAGGCUAUUACUUCCGGACGGAUUCGCACGACAUGGCAGCGUGAAGUCAAGACGGUUUUGUCCUAUUGUGGACCUCUUAUCGUCACCUUUUUCCUGCAAUACUCAAUCAACGUGGCGGGUAUCUUUGCCGUUGGUCGCAUUGGCACCAUCGAGCUGGGGGCCAUAUCAUUGGCCAACAUGUCGCAAGCCAUCUCCUGCUUGGCCCCGUUCCAAGGCUUAGCCACCAGUUUAGAUACUCUGUGUGCUCAGGCUUACGGAUCUGGCCACAAGCAUCUGGUCGGCUUGCAGUGCCAGCGCAUGGCAUGCUUCCUACUGACUCUUUCUGUACCCGUAAUCAUCCUCUGGCUUUUCGGAGCCGAGCCCAUUUUACAGCGCAUGGUGCCCAACCCCGAGUCUGCUCGACUUGCCGGCCUCUACCUGAGAGUCAUGAUCUUUGCGAUUCCUGGUGUCAUCCUCUUUGAGUGCGGCAAGCGCUUCACCCAGGCGCAGGGCCUCUUCCAGGCCACCACGUAUGUCCUCCUGUUUGCUGCUCCCUUCAACGUCUUUCUCACUUGGUUGCUCGUCUGGAAGCUCGAGUAUGGCUUCGUCGGUGCACCCAUGGCCGUUGCCAUCACGGAGAAUAUCCUGCCGGUGCUCCUCUUCUGUUACGUGCGAUUUGUCAACGGCCGAGAAUGCUGGGGCGGCUUCAGCAAGCGCGCGCUUACCAAUUGGUGGGUUAUGAUAAAGCUGGCGCUGCCGGGGAUGAUCAUGGUCGAAGCCGAGUGGCUCGCUUUCGAGAUCCUGACCCUAUUGGCCAGCCGCUUUGGAUCUGAUUACCUGGCGGCCCAGAGCGUUGUCUCGACAAUUGCGUCCAUCUCAUACCAGAUCCCCUUCCCAAUGUCCAUUGCUGCCUCUACCCGUGUCGCCAACUUGAUUGGAGCCGGGCUUGUCGACGCGGCUAGGGUGACUGGCAAAGUGACUUUUGUCAUCCACUGCAUCCUUGGACUGCUCAAUUUCACCCUCUACAGCAGCCUUCGUUUCCACUUACCGCUGCUCUUCACCGAUGAUGAGACGGUCAUCUCAAUUGUCGCCAGCAUUUUGCCUGUUGUCGCCGUCAUGCAAGUCUUCGAUUGCACGAGUGCUGGUGCCCACGGACUGCUGCGUGGUAUUGGCAAACAGAGCAUAGGCGGGCCUGUGAAUUUGAUUUCGUACUAUGCCAUAUCGUUGCCCAUUUCGCUCUCAUUGGCCUUUGGACUUGGCUGGAAAUUGCAAGGUCUAUGGGCUGGUGUCAGCGUGGGCUUAUUCCUGGUUACGACGAUUGAAUAUACCUAUCUGUUGAAGACGGACUGGAAUACAGCAGCUCGAGAGGCUGCCGCCAGAAACGCAGCGGGCUAG